AUGUGUUCCAGAGUUCUUGACUCUGAACUUCAGCUACUGCCCGCCACAGGCCCUUUUCACGCCAUGGCUAACACCCGUGCUUAUGUGCAAUGCUGGAUGUGGAUUUGCCACUAUUUUGUGGGGCUGUAUUGGCGCCUGAAGAAGUUCUGGAAUGUCACCGUUAACCACUUUUUCAUGAAGGAGAAGGAGAAAGAAGAUGUUCCUUCAGUUGAGAGUAUUUUUCACAAAGAAAAAAUUGUGUUGCUUGGCCAUUUAUUAAAGAAUGAAUCUCUAGCCAUUGAGAAGAGAGCUCAAGCUGCAUAUAGAAUCGGACUUCUGGCCUUCACAGGAGGACCAACCGCUGGGAAGUUCGCCACCGAGUACAUGAAGGAAGUGGCUCACUUGUUGAGAGAUCGUGAGAUGCCGCUCAAGGCCAAAGUCUUGCUGCUGCAGAGUGUAGCCUGCUGGUGUUACUUGAACCCCGUGAGCCAGAAAAGAGCCAAACAUUUGAAGUUUAUUCCCAUCCUCACUGAGAUUUUUGAGGACAAACUCGACUCCACCGUCAAAAGUGAAAUAAACAGCAGCCUCCUGGUUAAAUUUUGGACUUGCUACGUGCUCUCCGUCAUGACGUGCAAUAACCCGUCUUGUAUGAAGGAGCUUAGAGACUACAAUACUCUGAAAUACCACUUGCAAAUACUGGCGACCGAGAACUGGGCUGGGUGGCCUGAGAAUUUCGCGGAGGUGCUGUAUUUCCUAGUUGGUUUUCACAGGAAUUAAUGUCUCUCGAGGCAGGGGCCCCGUGCAGCUGACUGGGCUGCUGCGGUAGCCUGGAAAGUGGAAAUAAAUUAAUAGAAAGUCGAUAGUCUUCUUCGGGGUUUCCUUUUAGGUAGUUAAGAAAUUCUGUAUAAAUCUUCAACAGUUACUGGAAAAACGAAACAUAUGAAAAGCGCCGCUGGUUAAAAGGACCUCAUGAGAAUUAGGUUCAUAGUAUGGGAAUUAAUUGAAAGUUGAGACGUGUGUACCACUGUUAGGAGCUACAGUAUGUUUGGUGGUUAUUAGAUGACAUUAAGCCAAGGCACCUAGAAAUGCCGAAUCCUAACCAACCCACAGCUCCCCCUCCUGGAGGACACUCUCACCCUGCCCCCCACCCCACCAGUAUCUUUUCAGCCCUAAUGAUUUCGGGUCCCGCUCUCCAGCUGCCGCCCCUUUGGCAGAGAGAGGGUCUUCUCGCUACCAGAACGUGAUCUUGUGAUCUCGUUGUAGGUGAGGCGGCUGGAAGUUUGGGGGAAUUAACACUCCAGAAAAGCAGCCCUCAACUCCUGUGAUCGAGCUCCAGAUGGAGAUGGGGUGCCGUGCCUUCCGACACCUAGACAAGCUCUUGGGUUUUCCUACAAAGAUGUGCACCCUCCCUCUCGGUUCUGUUAGGGACUACGUAACGCAAAACCUGCACUUGACUUCGGUGUUCCCCAGGCUCGUGAAAAAUUAUUGCAAAAAGUAGUGUUUAUCACAAGUGCCUAAAGGAUGGGCUCCUGUGGUUUCUCCGGCUACACUAAGAGGCGCCCCUAGCUGACGCUGCAGCCAUCGUGGGCUGACUGGAUACUUUGCUUCGUCACAGACUAGCUUUGACGGCGCUGGGCUUCGACUUCACGCUUCCAGCUUGCCUAAGAGCCUGUUAAACAGGUGGUGUGGUUCUGGGAUCCCUGCUUGUAUUUAUUCGGGAAUGCUGAGCGGGCCGCAAGUCACACCACGUGGACUCCUCGGGCCUCUCGGGGGACGUGUUCUCAGCCCUUCAACCAGGCGGAGCUGUGUUCUGCUGAGCGACAGUAUGUUCUCAUCCGUGCUGGAUUUUGUGAGCUCAGAGUUUCUCCAACCAGAAUCCCAUUCAUUUAUGGUGGUAGAUUAAAGGUUGGAAAUUGGAAGUCCCAUUGAGAGACUGGGUCAGGGUGAGAAAUUGCUUUUUAAAAAAAUGCUUUUUAAAUUAAAUUUUAAUGUAUUUCAAAGUAAUGCAUGAUUUAAAAAGUCAAAUAAUGCAAGGCCUCUGGUGGAGAAAUAGCAGUCCCGAACCCCCUCCUGAGCCACACUCCCCGAGGGGACCGUUUGAAUCCUUUCGGCUCUUUCUUCUGGUAUUUGCUUACCUCCAUAGUUCUAAAUAGUUCACAUAGAUUGCUAAUUUUUUUUAAGAUUUUAUUUAUUUAUGAGAGAGAGAGAGAGAGAGAGCGCGCAGGAGAGGGCAAGCAGAGGGAGCUGCAGAGGGAGAGGAAGAACCAGGCUCCUCCCUGAGCAGGGAGCCAGACACGGGGCUCAGUCCCAGGGGUUCAUGACCCAGAGCCAAAGGCAGACACUUAAUGACUGAGCCACCCAGGUCCGACUUACACAUUGCUAAUUUUUUCCCCCAAUUUUAGGUAUUUUUCCUUUUAUUUCUUAAUAGGACAGAUAAGGACUUGGGGUUCUAACCCUGCCCCUCCUCUUCCUCUCUCAAGAAUAAUUGUGCCAUCAUUGGAAGAGGCAUUAUCUGGGACGCCUGGGUGGCUCAGUCGGUGAAGCGUCUGCUCAGAUCAUGAUCCUGGGGUCCUGGGAUCGAGCCCAGCUUUGGGCUCCUUCCUCAGCGGGGAGCCUACUUCUUCCUCUUCCUGUUUCUCUCUCUCUCUCUCUCAGAUAAAUAAAAAUCUUUUUAAAAAAUCAGUUAGGGGAGCCUGGGUGGCUCAGUGGGUUAAAGCCUCUGCCUUCAACUCAGGUCAUGAUCCCAGGGUCCUGGGAUCGAGCCCCAUAUCGGUCUCUCUGCUCAGUAGGAAGUCUGCUUCCUCCUCUCUGCCUGACUCUCUGCCUACUUAUGAUCUCUCCCUGUCAAAUAAAUAAAUUAAAUCUUUAAAAAAAAAUUAAAAAAUCAAUUAUAUCCCUUUUACUUACCUAUGUAACUUGUUAAUUAAAAUAAAUAGGAAUAUUUCAGUA